AACGGAGUGGGCAGGUCUAGGAUAUGGAUAGUGGGAGAGGGAAUUUGUGAAAAAGAGGUAGGAUCCACAGUGGAUGGGGAAAGAGGCAGGAUCUGGGAAGACAAAUUGUCGAGGAAGGAUGGGGAAUGUGCAGGGAGGAUGAGGAAGGUCAAAGUUGGGGAACUGGAAUGGGAGACAAUUAGAUGAUUCAUGAGUAUAGCUCCUGACUGUGGAGGUAGGAAAGGGUAUCAGUGAGGGAAAAGAGAAAAGUGGAUGUGUUGGUAAAAUGAGGCGGUGGUCAAUGAGGAAGUUAUUUAAUAAAGAGGCGCAUUAGUUUGUGAUUAUUGUUGGGGAGGAGGAAGUGACGGAUGUUAUUAUUGAAUGGGAAGGGUUCAUUUUGGGGUAGAUGGUUAGUGAGAGAUUUGAUGUGCAGGAGAGAUGGGAGAUUAGUGUUUUGAGUGGGCAAGAGGUUAAGAUGAAAUAGGGAACAGCAGAUGUGGAUGGUUGGGUUAGGUUGAAAGGUGUAAUAGAAAGGAGUAUGACUGGUUACAGCAUGAUGAAGGGCUGGAUCGAUGAGUGGAUAGGGAGGGAGGAGGGAUGGAAACAGUCACAGUUACAAUCAUGAAGACCGGGAAACAGAUCAAUACUUUAAUGUCAUCCAAACAAUGUUCAACAUGUAAAUAAUACUAGCUAAGCACAGAGUUGUCGAUAUCAAAAGCAGGCGGCCCUGAGUCACGCUUUCAGCAAUGUGUACCUUUCGACUCGAGAUGUGACGUUCACUUGCUCAGAGCCUAGUGCAGAAGCUGCGUGGUCAAGUCCCUCCUCUCUACCAGUUGUGUCUUUACCAUAUGGCGAGAGUUUGUUUUUCCUGUUUGCUCCCUGCAUCGAGGCACUUCAGUGCCUCGCCCAUAAUCUUCACGACCAGGCAGAAGGUGGCAUUGGCCGGUGCCACCGUGGCAUUUUGUUUGGUCUUUCUUCUUAUUUUCAUGGAAUAUCAACAUUGGAGACCACAACUCAAGGACAAAGAGCUGGAAAGGUACAUGGCCAGAAUCGAAGACAUGGAACCUACAGAUACCAAUGACGCUGCGCUAAACUAUGGGGUGGCGAUAGACUGUGGAAGCAGUGGGUCCCGGGUGUUUGUGUACUUUUGGCCUCGCCACAAUGGAAAUCCCCACGAUCUCCUCAACAUCAGGCAGAUGAAAGACAAGAACAGGACUCCGGUGGUGAAGAAAAUCAAACCAGGUAUUUCAUCCCUGGCCUCCGCCCCAGAUAAAACCAUGAAUUAUCUGCGUCCUCUCCUACACUUUGCCGCUGACCAUGUCCCAGUUGCAAAACACAAAGAGACACCAUUGUACAUCCUGUGUACAGCAGGCAUGAGACUUCUACUAGAAAGUCAACGGGGUGCCAUUCUCCAGGAGCUCUGCACAAACGUGCCUAUCGAAUUUGACUUCCUGUUUUCUGAGUCACAUGCCGAAGUGAUAUCUGGUAAACAAGAAGGGGUCUAUGCCUGGAUUGGAAUCAACUUUGUCCUUGGACGGUUUAACCACAUUGAAGAUAAUAACGAUACCCAUGAUGCUGUGACUGUGUCCAGCAAUCCCAAGAAAGCUUCUGUCAUUCGCAAACGGACGGUGGGCAUACUCGACAUGGGCGGUGCUUCUCUUCAAAUAGCUUAUGAGGUGGCAAACCCUCUGGUCUUUGCCUCACCGGUGCAGGAAGAAGCUGCGAAAGGUUUACUGGCUGAAUUCAACCUUGGUUGUGACGUUCAUCAUACUGAACAUGUGUACAGGGUUUAUGUAAGCACCUUCCUCGGAUAUGGUGGAAAUUAUGCUCGACAGCGCUACGAGGACCUAAUUUUUAAUAAUAUUACGACUGCAAACAGAUUGCUUGGACAGCACAUCGGUAUCAGUGCAGAGCGCCCUUACCUCGAUCCCUGUCUGUCCCUUGAAACAGCCGAUACCAUUCAGGACGAACAGAUUUUGCACUUGAAAGGAGUCGGGGACUUUGACGAGUGCUGCAAGCGAAUCAAACCAUUCCUGGGCAAAGGGAAUGAGACCAACACUUCCUUCAGUGGGGUUUAUCAGCCUCCUAUUGAUUUCCAUAACAGUGAAUUCUACGGUUUCUCUGAAUUUCAUUACUGCACUGAAGAUGUCUUGCGCAUGGGAAGUCAAUACGAUGGCGUCAGGUACGCAAAAGCAGCCAAGGAUUUUUGUGCUACCAAAUGGACAACCUUAAAAGAACGAUUUGACCUCAAUCUGUUUUCAUCUCAUGCAGACCUGAGCAGAUUAAAGUAUCAGUGUUUUAAGUCUGCGUGGGUGUAUGAGGUACUGCACAGUGGUUUCGACUUUCCAGCUGACUAUUCCAACUUGAAGACAAUCAAGUUGGUCAAUGACAAGGAAAUACAGUGGACGCUGGGAGCAAUUCUUUACAAGACCCGUUUCUUACCUCUGUGGGAUCUGCGAAAAGACGCCAUCAAAACGAGUCAUUCCAGCUGGCUGCGAGUCUCCUUCGUCUACAACCACUACCUGUUCUUUGCCUGUUUCUUCGUGGUCCUACUGGCCAUCAUCCUGUAUGUGCUGAGGCUCCGACGCAUUCACAAGAGGGCACAGCAGGAGCUGCAGUGGUUGCAAGAGGCCGAACCAAUGACUGAGGGGUCAUGAUCAGCCCAGGCGAGAUGUAGCAAACCUUUCAGAACGGAAAAAGAAUGCCCCUGAAUCACGCAUUGGAAGGAACCGCAGAUGCUGGUUUACACUUCAUGUUCAGAGAACCAGAAGGGUUCCGACCCAAAACAUCACCUAUUUUUCUCCAGAGAUGCUGCCUGACCCGCUGAGUUACUCCAGCAUUUUGUGUCUUACCCCAGAAUCAUGCGUUGGCUUUUGUUUGACUGAGAAACACUUCAGCGUCAUCUUUGCCACAGUGAACUGUGGUUUAUGUGGAGGGCUUGGAUGUACAGGCCUUUGGGACGUAUCAGGUAUUUAUGUUCAUUCUAAAGUCUACAACUUCUGUUGGAUGACCCAAGACCUAUUCUCAUCUUCUCUUUGAAUUUGGAACCAGUAGCAAUGCAAUAUGCAUCUUUCUUUUCAUAUAUCACACGCAUCCGAGGUGCUAAGUUAUAUAUGUGUUCUGUACAGAUUAAUUGGGCACUAUUUGUGGUCCUUCUCUGUCUUCUUCCAAUGUACAUAAUGUGAUGGGACAGUGAUGAACGUAAUUUGGCAAAUAGUGAUUUUCUGUUUUGUCUUUUGCCAUUCAUUUCCACUCUUAAACUCAAAAAUAUUCACCCAGUGCAUCCUAAGUAUGGUGGGAAAGUGACAUCUAAUACAAUAUAUGCUUAACUCAAGCUUGAAUCUAUAAGCCUGAAGGAGUAUGAAGAUGGGUCCUCACCCAAAACUUUGCUUAUCCAUGUCCUCCAAAGAUUCUGAGUGAACCCAGAAUGUUGUGUUUUCUGCAAGAUUCCAGCAUCUGCAGUUCCUUGUGUCUCCAUUGAACCUACUAUCUUCUGAUACAAUGGACAUUCCUACCAGCUGAGCCAAACUCUCAUUCCAAAGUUACCUUGGGUCAAGUCUCUAUAAGUGUGAGGCUCCAAUGCAAAAACCACUUUGUGCAGAUAAAAUCAAGGAAAUCCACAGAUGCUUUCCAUUGCUGGGAUUGGUGAACCUCAAGCCUUAUCCACUGAACUGUCCUGCUCAUGGUCUGAUGGAAUGCAAAACAAAAGACUGAAUUGUGGAAAAUGAUCCAAACCUACCGAUGCACAUUCAAUAAUCCACCAGAAUUUGUGACAACCAAAAAGGGAAUGUUUCCAUGGAAAACACAAAAUGCUGGAGUAACUCAGCGGGUCAGGCAGCAUCUCUGGAGAACAUGGACAGGUAAUGUUUCAGGUCGGGACUCUUCCCGAUAGAUCGUGUCCCUUCCCGACCCGAAACAUCGCCUAUCCAUGUUCUCCAGAGAUGCUGCCUGACCCGCUGAGCUACUGGAGCAUUUUGCAUCAUUCUUUGGUAAACCAUCAUCCGCAGUUCCUUGUUGCUACUAAUGUUUACGUGGAUCAUUUGAAAUAUUUCCAGCUGAUGAUUUAAAUUCCAACCAGUUUUCAUUUCAUGUGUCAACCUGUUAGGUGGUCAAAGUCAAGUAUCGGCACCAUGUCAAGUAGCUCCAUUCCAAGCAGAACCAGCUACAUUUAUAAUACUUGACCAUCUCUGUGUUUUGACAUUCACUGCCAUAACUUUUCCAAAUGAUUGUCCUACCUCUAAUGAAAUUUGCACCAAUUUAAAAAUCUAUGAACACCUGCCAUAUUACACCUGGAAGUGUUUGGUAUUCCGUUCAAUGAUGUAUAUCAUUCUCUUCCAUCUUGUAUUAACUUCUCUCUUGGUCUUGAUUUACAGCAGAAUAUAUUUAAUAAUGUAUAUUGUACAGCAUUUUAAAUGAAAUAAAGAUCCAGAUUAACAUUUUGUU